AAAUGUGAUGUUUGAAGUCAGUUUAAUUAACGAUAACAUAUAUACAACCACUUGAAUUGUGUAUUUUUUGAAAGAUUGCUUUGCCCGAGACAAAAUUUGAUUCACUAGACUAUCAAAAUGGCAAAGUCGAAGAACCACACCACCCACAACCAAUCCCGCAAAGCUCACAGAAACGGCAUCAAGAAGCCGAGGACUCACAGAUACGAGUCUCUGAAGGGGGUUGACCCCAAAUUCUUGAGGAACAUGCGAUUUGCUAAGAAGCACAACAAGAAAGGACUGAAGAAGGCGAGGGCUGCAAAGCUGGCAGCUGCCAAAUAAACUGGGGCCGUCACAGUGCUUGUGUGGACUGUUUGUUUCCAUCUGACUCAAGUUUUAUACUUGAAUAAAGCAGUGGAUUGAUUGAAA